AUGGGUCUCAAACUCUACGGUAUGCGUCAAGCAACUUGCACUCAGCGAGUACUCACUACACUCGCCGAGAAAGGUGUUGACUGCGAGUUCAUUCUUAUCAACCUUAUGACAGGAGAGCAGAAGUCACCUUCGCAUCUUGAGAAGCAGCCUUUUGGAAAGGUUCCCGUCCUCGACGAUGACGGUUUCUUGAUCUACGAGAGUAGGGCUAUCUGCAAGUACCUUGCUCGAAAGUAUGCCGACAAGGGUACUAAACUCAUCCCCGCAGAGGGGGAUGUAAAAGGCUAUGGUUUAUUUGAACAAGCUUGCUCAAUGGAACAGGCUUACUUUGAUACCGAAACCUUCGGUCUCUGGUUCGAGAACUUCAUCAAACCUGCCAGAGGAUGGGGUGCCACUAGCCCGGAAUUAGUUCAAAAACAUCUCCAAACACUUGACAACAAUCUCGCUGUCUACGACCAGAUCCUCUCGAAGCAGAAGUAUCUUGCGGGAGAUGAAUUCACCUUGGCUGAUUUGUACCAUUUACCACACGGUACACAGGCAUUGAAGUAUGGAUUUCAAGACCUACUCGCAAAGUAUCCUCAUGUGAACAAGUGGUGGAAAGGAAUUCAAGCUAGAGACAGCUGGAAAGAAGUAGUUGCUGCGGCUGCUUAGGUUUAUCAUGUGUCUCUGCUGUGGUACACAGUUGUUGAGAGCCUACCAAUCAUCCUCAUGCGUUGCGGUUUACUGCACUCGAGUUGUACGAAAAGAUAGCACUGCC